UCGUGUUAUUUGUUUCAGACAUUGGUAUCUUGUAGUCGUCGCAAACUGACAGUGAUGGAAGAAAGUGGGAGUGCCUUUGUUAUUGAUGAAACGAACACAUUAGACUACCUUUUCUACGAGCCUUACGGAGAUUUUUUGGCCAGCAAUCUUUUCCAUGUCGUUGUUUGGAUGUUACUUUCGAUUGGAAUUAUUGGUAGCAUUUUGGUUGUGAUGUGGAGACUUGUGCAGAAAAGAGAUCAGAGAUCGUCUCCUCUCUCAAUCCUCAUCAUCAUGCUGGCAGUUUCAGACUUCUUCUAUUGUGUUCACUUGCUGCUUCUUGAGAGUCUAGUCACUGAAUCUCAUCUAAGACAACAGCGGCUGUGGGAACAAGUCUCUAUGCGUUAUGUGUGCAUUGCAAGCUCAGUUCUGUCUUGGGUUUCUUGCCUCACAGCUCAGUUGGCAACUUUCAAUAUUGCAGUUUACUUAAUUCAAGCAAUAAACGGAUGGUGUUCUCGUUGUUACUGUUCACUAGUUCGCAAGCGAGUUGUGGUUAUCACAAUCAUCUGUCAAGUUAUUUUCGUCGUUGCUAGUAUUUUGUCCAUUUUUACGGUAUUCCACUAUUUUCAUCUGCAAUUUCCGUUUGCACCACUUGAAUAUGAUAGCAGCUGGAUAUACAAUGCCAGUUACUCGAGACGUGAACAAAUUACCGAGAUUUUUGGACGUUGUGCUUUAGUUGAGUCAUGUAAUUUUGUUGUUUGCGUCAAUAUUACUGAAUCAGUCUCACACGGCAAUUACACCAUUGUAACUAACGAUCUCGAUGGUAUCUCUUGUGCUGUAGAGGUUGACUCCAGUCAAUAUCUAGGAGCAGCUGUGUCAUCUCUAUGUUCUCUUCUUACAUCGUCAUAUGUUGUUCUCUAUUUGAUAGUGUGCCUCACGGUUCGUAGAAGAGCUUCUCGAAGAAACGUAACAAGAACAUCUGACACACAAAAAUUUCAAUGGAGAUUGAGUGUAAUUGUUCUAAUAAACAUUAUAUGUUGGAUUCCCACAACUGCAUUGCAUUGGUCAGGAAUCUAUGUCGUGUCAUAUUUAGAUUCAGUUUCAGAAUCUCGGCUAUUGAACAAUACUACUGCAGCAAGUGUUCUUCUCAUCUCAAUCAGACCAGCAGUUAAUCCUCUUAUCUACACAUUCACAGGAAAAAACUUUUUACAUUCAAUUCGCAAGUUUUGUAGACGAAUGAAAUGCGACAUAUCUGUGAGACGAAACAGUUCCAACUACCAUGACGAUCACAUUAGAGGAAUUGAACGUUGCAGCUGUAUUUCAUGUAUCAAAUGUGUUCAUCGAGAUGAAGAGAAUGAUGCAGAAACAUUUACUUCCGACUCGAGUUUUGAUCAGAACGGACUCUUUCCGUCUGCCAAGGCUUCAAGUCGAAGUCUUGUUGAUUUUGGAGCUGAUGCUCGUGGCAUCGACAUUCCUGCUCACAAAGUUUUCCAACGCAAAGAUUUGAUAUAUGAUCGAAGAUGCGACUUGAUUGGCAGAGGAGGGUUUGCUGACGUAUACAAAGCAGUCUUACAAGGAAACACCAUCGUUGCAUUUAAGAUACCAUUCAUUGGAGGAUCUCGUUUUACAGACAUAGAGAUGAAUGAUAUCAUGAAAGAAUCUUCUAUUUUGCUGGCUAUUCCUUCUCAUAAACAUAUUGUCAAGAUGUUUGGAGUUUGCAUCGAUUUUCGUCACUUCGGUAUCGUUUUAGAGUAUGUUGAUGGUGGAGAUCUUUCCACUCUACUUUCUCCUCACACAUUUGUCCCUUACAUGAACGAAUGGAAGAACAAGCUGGAUAUGACUUGUCAGAUAGCUGAUGGCAUGAAAUAUCUUCAUGGUCUUGACCCGCCUGUCAUUCAUCGUGAUCUAAAACCAAAUAACAUAUUGGUUAAAAAGUCAUCAACUAAAUACACUUGCAAGAUCUCUGACUUUGGAUUGGCGAAAUUACGAGCUACAACUACUACUGCAGCUAGCUACACGGAAGAUGGAAUUACAUUACAUGCAGCUGGUUCUUUAGGAUACAUUGCACCUGAACGAUACGGAUCUGUUCGCCUAGAUAUGCCAGCGUUAGCAAAGUCAGACAUUUACAGCUUUGGUGUCAUUCUAUUUCAAUUCAGAGAGCGUAUCUUACCAUUUGGCGAAGAGAACAAUCCUGUAGUGAUUGCAUUGAACAUCAGAGAAGGAACACCAUUCAAGGUUCCAGUAAAACCUUGUCCACAUGGAUAUGAAGAGCUGAUGAGAAGUUGUUGUUCAAUGCAAAGAAAUGAUCGACCAGCUUUUGCAGAUAUAUUGACUAACCUGCAGGCGAUGUCGCACGACACGUCUGCGUGACGUCAUCACAAGCUGUGCUUGAUCUAGAAACUGCUGCGAAUGCAGAUGUUGUCCGGUCUUUCUGUCCUCAUCAAGUACACUUUAGCAUUUUAUAAUCGUAGCAUGUUUGAUUGUAUUGUGGAGUUAAGGUAUAUUACUUGUGUAUUCACA